UGACAUUAUGAGGGUAUCUGUAAUUCUGUCGCCCCAUACUCAUUUAUAUAGAUUGCUCUACUCAUCUGUAACAAACAAUAGUAAAAUGAAGAUCAACUGUGACGUCUGUAACAAACAAGAAGCAACCGUAUUUUGCCCCGCCGACGAUGCCGCCCUGUGCGCCGCCUGCGACCACCGCGUCCACCACGCCAACACCCUCGCCGGAAAACACCCCCGUUUCCCCCUCCUCCCCCCUUCCCCUAAAGAUUCCCCACUCUGUGACAUCUGUCAGGACCAGAAAGCUCUGUUGUUUUGUCAACAAGACAGAGCAAUACUCUGUAAAGAUUGUGAUGCUGCAAUUCAUAAAGUCAACGAGCAUACAAUGAAUCACUGCCGGUUUCUUCUCACCGGCGUUAAGCUUUCUACGGUGGCGUUAUCACCCACCGGCGGAAACGGCGUCGUUCCCGACCAAAACUCCAUGUCUCGAGAUCAAGAACCGGUUACUGUUAAGAAGCCUGUUGCUGUCUCAGCUCCAGCCGGAUAUCAAACACAAAAGAUUACAACAUAUGUAGCUCCGAAGUCAAACGGGUCGGGUCAUGGAUCUACAGCGGCAAGUAGCAUAUCGGACUACUUGAUUGAGACGCUACCCGGUUGGCACGUUGAGAAUUUUCUUGAUUCUCCUACUUUUUAUCCCAAGGUUGAUGAGGAUGAUCAGUUGGCAAUGUUUUGGGAUAAUGAGCUUCUAAAGGGAAGCAUGAAUGGUUGCCUAUCACCGGAAACAAUGGGGAUAUGGGUUCCACAAGCGCCGCCACCAGCAGCUCCUCCACCACCACAACCACUGCUUCUUGAUCCUUAUCAGAUUCAAUAUAUGGGUUUUGGAAGUGAUCAAAUGGUGAGUGGGUCAUCACCUUUUUUUGCUCCAAUUAACCACAAUAAGAUCACAAGAUCAAAGAGGAAAAAGGAAUCCGACUACGGUAACUGCUUCACUGUUCCUCAGAUCAGUACGCCGAACCUUCAAGAGAUCAAAAACAAUGAGAUAAUAAACUCAUCGUGGUUUCUUUUGUGAUUGUAUCAUUUUUUUUUGUUUAUUUCUAAGUGAGUUUUGCUUUUUUUAUUUAGUACAAAAAUAAUUCCCCUAAACAAAAGGGCCUUGUUAAUAUUGUAGUUCCUAAAUAGACAAGAAAUAAAAGUAACUAUUUUUCUUGUGUUA